CAGCUUCGGAGUCCCCAGCGUUCCGCUCCAGGUCUCCUGAGGCGGCCGUACAAUCCUCGGCAGUGUCCUGAGACUGUAUGGUCAUCUCAGCGGCCGCACUCGCUUGGCCCCGGAUUUCUUCUAACUCGCUCUUUUCGAACCACUAUUUUUUUGUUUGUUGGUUGGUUGGUUUUGUUUUGUGAAAUCCCAGAAAACUGACUCCUGUUCGCGGAUAAACGGAACUUCAGGUCCCUUGUCGCUACUCCCUUUUGGCGUCUUACAACCUCCUCCCACUCCUUUCCCUGGCCCCGCCUCCUCCUGCAGGUUCCUCCCUGUCACCCCUCUCCUCCCUCCUCCUCCUCCGCACCUAGCCAGCCGUCCGCAAACUUCCACCUGAUUGUGCGGGACACUCGGACCUGUGAGCACUAAAGACCUUUCACACCUGCUGGGGCGACAGAGAGCCGCCGAGGGCCACCGCAAAGGCAGCGGCUGCAGCCCCUACGGGCCUAAGGAACCCAGGUGCUCCGGGUCUCGGAGGAACAAGGCGACAAUGACAGCUGACAAGGAGAAGAAAAGGAGCAGCUCAGAGCUGAGGAAGGAGAAAUCCCGAGAUGCUGCAAGGUGCCGGCGCAGCAAGGAGACGGAGGUCUUCUAUGAGCUGGCCCAUGAGCUGCCCCUGCCUCACAGUGUGAGCUCCCACCUGGACAAAGCCUCCAUCAUGCGGCUAGCCAUCAGCUUCCUGCGAACACACAAGCUCCUGUCCUCAGUCUGUUCUGAGAAUGAGUCUGAAGCUGAGGCUGACCAGCAGAUGGAUAACUUGUACCUGAAGGCCUUGGAGGGUUUCAUUGCUGUGGUGACCCAAGACGGUGAUAUGAUCUUCCUGUCGGAAAAUAUCAGCAAGUUCAUGGGACUUACCCAGGUAGAACUAACAGGACACAGUAUCUUUGACUUCACUCAUCCUUGUGACCACGAGGAGAUCCGUGAGAACCUGACUCUCAAAAAUGGUUCUGGCUUUGGGAAGAAAAGCAAAGAUAUGUCUACCGAGCGCGACUUCUUCAUGAGGAUGAAGUGCACAGUGACCAACAGAGGCCGGACUGUCAACCUCAAGUCGGCCACCUGGAAGGUCUUGCACUGCACUGGACAAGUGAGAGUCUACAACAACUGCCCCCCUCACAGUAGCCUCUGUGGCUACAAGGAGCCCCUGCUGUCAUGCCUCAUCAUCAUGUGUGAGCCGAUCCAGCACCCAUCCCACAUGGACAUCCCCUUGGACAGUAAGACUUUCUUGAGCCGCCACAGCAUGGACAUGAAGUUCACCUACUGUGAUGACAGAAUCAUGGAACUGAUUGGUUACCACCCCGAGGAACUCCUUGGCCGCUCUGCCUACGAAUUCUACCAUGCCCUGGACUCAGAGAACAUGACCAAAAGUCACCAGAACUUGUGCACCAAGGGGCAGGUGGUGUCUGGCCAGUACCGGAUGCUAGCAAAACACGGAGGCUAUGUGUGGCUGGAGACCCAGGGGACAGUCAUCUACAACCCCCGCAACCUGCAACCCCAAUGUAUCAUGUGUGUCAACUACGUCCUGAGUGAGAUUGAGAAGAACGAUGUGGUGUUCUCCAUGGACCAGACCGAGUCCCUAUUCCGGCCCCACCUGAUGGCCAUGAACGGCAUCUUCGACAGCAGUGGUGACGUGGCUGUAUCCGAGAAGAGUAACUACCUGUUCACCAAGCUGAAGGAGGAGCCCGAGGAGCUAGCUCAGCUGGCCCCCACCCCGGGAGAUGCCAUUAUUUCUCUGGAUUUUGGAAGCCAGAACUUUGAUGAGUCAUCAGUCUAUGGCAAGGCCGUGCUGCCCCCAGGUCAGCCAUGGGCUGCAGAGCUGAGCCACAGUGCCCAGAGUGAGUCCGGGAGCCUGCCUGCCUUCACUGUGCCCCAGGCGGGUACCCCAGGGAACACCACACCCAGUGCUACAAGCAGCAGCAGCUGCUCCACGCCCAGCAGCCCUGCGGACUACUACUCUUCUCUGGAGGAUCACUUGAAGAUGGAAGUGAUUGAGAAGCUCUUUGCCAUGGACACGGAGGCAAAGGACCAGUGCAACACCCAGACCGAUUUCAAUGAGCUGGACCUGGAGACUCUGGCACCCUACAUCCCAAUGGAUGGGGAAGACUUCCAGCUAAGCCCAAUCUGCCCAGAGGAGCCACACAUGCCAGAGAGCCCCCAGCCCAAUGCCCAGCACUGCUUCAGUACCAUGACAAGCAUCUUCCAGCCACUAGCCCCGGGGGCCGCCCACAGCCCCUUCUUCCCGGACAAGUACCCACAGCAGCUAGAGAGCAGGAAGACGGAGCCUGAGCACUGGCCUAUGUCUUCCAUCUUCUUUGACCCUGGGGACAAAGGGUCCCUGCCACCAUGUUGUGGCCAGGCCAGCACUCCUCUCUCUUCUAUGGGAGGCAGAUCCAACACUCAGUGGCCUCCAGACCCACCAUUACAGUUUGGGCCCUCCAAGUGGCCUGCUGACGAUCAGAACGCCGAGGCCCUGGGGGCUCUGCCAUUGGGGCCAUCACAGCUGGAGCCUCCCAACACUUCACCCCACGUCUCCAUGUUCAAGAUGAGAUCUGCAAAGGACUUCGGGGCUCGCGGCCCCUACAUGAUGAGCCCAGCCAUGAUAGCCCUCUCCAACAAGCUGAAGCUGAAGCGCCAGUUGGAGUAUGAGGAGCAAGGCUUCCAAGACACAAGUGGGGGGGACCCUCCGGGCGCCAGCAGCAGUUCCCAUCUGAUGUGGAAACGUAUGAAGAGCCUCAUGGGGAGGACCUGUCCUCUGAUGCCUGACAAGACCAUCAGUACAAAUGUGGCCCCUGAUGAAUUCACCCAAAACUCCAUGAGAGGUCUGGGCCAGCCACUGAGACACCUGCCACCCCCACAACCACCAUCUGCCAUGAGCCCAGGAGAAAAUCCCAAGAGUGGGUUCCCGCCACAGUGCUAUGCCUCGCAGUUCCAGGACUUCCGUCCUCCAGGAGCCCCAAAGGUGUCAGGCAUGGCGAGCCGACUGCUGGGGCCAUCGCUCGAGCCUUACCUGUUGCCGGAACUGACCAGAUAUGACUGUGAGGUGAACGUCCCUGUGCCGGGAAGUUCCACACUCCUGCAGGGGAGAGACCUUCUCAGAGCCCUGGAUCAAGCCACCUGAGCCAGGGCCUUCGGCCGGGCAUGCUCCUGCCCGGCCAUCCUGUCCUGCCAGCUUUACCUUCCGUCUGUGUUGCAACUAGGUAUAUCUAACACCAGCACACUUCUUAAGAGAUGUACUGACCGGGCCGGUCUGCCCAGGUCACCAAGCAGUGGCCUUUAUCUGACAUGCUCACUUGAUUAUCUGUGUUUUAAAAAUACAUAGUUGUUUUACCGUCGAUGAAAAUGUUCUGAAAUUUUAUAUGAUUUCCCCCUCCCUCCCUUGAGUUAUUUCUAAUUUAUAUUCCCCAAAGGUUUCUCUCUCACACUCAGUAUCCCUACUAACAGUCAUGGUGGAUGUUGGCUCUCCUGCUAGGGAAAGCUUUGGCUCCGUUCAGCGGAAGUGUGUUUGUCAUUGUUGCCAAAGAGAAGAGUUUUCCUUUCCGAGCCCCACUAUGGAUUCUCUCUGUCUCCUCUUGUUCUAUCUCUCUCUCUCUCUCUCUCUCUCUCUCUCUCUCUCUCUCUCUCUCUCUCUCUCUCACACACACACACACACACACACACACACAAAAUCACCAUAUUGUAAAAAGUCAGUUCUUUGCUCUGAUUUUGAUCUGACUUGCGGGGCAGGAAAGCAAUGUGAAGGGUAAACUCCAGGGUUACCUGUGAAGCUACACGGUGGCCUUCCUGAACCAUGGUGUCUCCCAUCUCACCCCAGGUUCAGUGGAUUUUUACUAUUAUUAUUACUCAAAAGCAAAACUGAGGUUUUUUUUUUUAAGGAAAAUUUAUAUCUGGGUUUAGUGUUUAUCAUAUAUAUGGGUACUUUUAAUAUCUAAAAACUUAGAAAUGGAUUCCUGCUCACAAAAUCACUUUUAAGAUCUCAUUAGGGCUGUUCUUAUUAUUCUUCUCAGUGUUCUGCACACUGUAGAACUGUAUAGUACUCCCACAGGCCUGUACUAACACUGCUACGGAUCCCCUGCCCCACCUCUCUCUCUAGUGACCUUUUGCUUUGGCCUGUUGCUAUGCCAUAGAUGUGGCAAACAAUCCCGGGAGUGGAGUCACUAAGGGGGAGCAGGCAAGCCCUCUUCUCUCCUCUUGUUCGCUGUGCAUUAUGUACGUAUGCAUUGUCAUUGCUGCCACGGGGGCUCUGAUGGCACAUGGGGGAUGGGCAGGAAGUGCUUUCACUUUUUUCAGGUGGUGUUGCUAGCCCUUCAAGUGCACUGAGCUACGCGCUACGCGACUCUACCUGUCUCUCUCAUGCGGCACAUUUGGGUAUUUCCACCGCUACCAUGAAAUGGUUUGAAUGGGAAUUCACAAAGCAAGUAGGGAUUCACAAAUAAUAUAGUGACCCAGUCCCUGGAGAGCUAAACUGGGAGAUGGUGCCAGGUCUGACCAGCCCUGCACAGCGCCACAGCCCACAGCUUGCAGGGCAGCCGGUCCUGCAAAGCCAAGGUGCAGCGCCCCCUGCUGGUGAACAGCAGGCAGACCUCCAGGGAUAGCCUCUAGCUGAGGUCUCAGUCACAUGAAGUGACAUGAAUAGGUAGGAAGCACUGAAAAUACUGGUCCCAGAGCACUUUGUAACUCACUGGGGAGGAGGUAGGCCACCUUUUGGGUGUGUGAUACCAAUUGACUUACAAUGUUGUUGACUUGGGUACAAUAAAACUUUAAAUACAUACAAAGUCUAUCAGGCCAAAAUGCAGUAAGCCUAAAGGGGCUUACUGCUCCAACCAAAAAUUAACUUUCAAAGUCAGCCUAGCUAAAAGUAUCUAGGCACGGUGUUGUCCAAGUCACACAUUGGUCUACGGUGUGGCCUGACACGCGGUGAGAGAACGUAAAGGGUUAUUGACAUGUAAAUGCUGGUAUUUGAUUUCCUGUGUUGUUGCCUCAGCAUUAAGGGCAUUUUCCCUUUGCAGUUUUACUAAAAAACAAAAACAAAAAACACUGAGAAAUAUUCCAAGCUUCACAUUAACCUUUCUUGUCAAUGUAACAACUUCGAACAUUACUGCAUUGUCAAAUUCCUACUGACGGCAUUGUAACUGUCCGGGAGCUUAACUUUAUAAGGAAAUGUAUUUUGACACUGAUAUCUUAUUAAAGUAUUCUGAUCCUA